AUGUUGAAAGCCGCAAAGGUAUUGCGAUGGAAUCAAGGAUCUCGUCCGGCACUUGGUUGUGAUCUUCCAAAGCUCUUCGCUCUCUGUGAUGCUCACACGACCUGCAUAAAGGAGUUUAAUGAGAAGCCAAUGCAACCUCGUACAGACCGGAAAUUUCAUCCCUGA